GCCCGCGCUGACCAAAAAAAAAAAUGGACGGCGCGUUUUCUUGAAUAGGAUCAACUCGCAUUGCGAGCCUUCCUCAUUCCAUGGGCCACCGCGUCAGACAGCCAUCAAGGCAUCCACAAUCGAUGCACGAGGCGAUUGCCAAUCAAGGACACGCGCACUGCAGCUCCAGCAUCCUUCGCACGACGAUAACUCUUGCCCCACUCUCCCAUGGCCGACGCAAUCCUCCAGUCCCUCACUGCCAGCGCGAUCUUCGAUCUCACCGGCGUUGUCGCCGUCGUCACGGGCGGAGGAACGGGUAUUGGGAUGAUGAUCUCUUCCACGCUCGUUGCGAAUGGCGCCACGGUGUACAUCAUUGGACCCAACCAAGCCGAACUGGAUCGAGUCUGUGCGAACUACAACGCGGCGAGCGAGAAUGUGCCCUCGCGCGGGAGGAUGCAUGGGAUUGAAGGGGAUGUCCGGCACAAGAGCGAAGCCACGCGGCUGGCCGCCGCGAUCGCCCAGCGCGAAUCCCACGUGACGGUGCUCUUCAACAACGCGGGGGUCCACACCGGCCGGAUCGCACGUCCGCCGCCCGGCUCGACCGCGGCGGACUACGUCGCAGCGGCCUUUGACGCAGUCUCGCAGCAGGACUUUGACGACUCGCUGCAGACCAACGCUGUCGGUCCAUACUGGCUUACGUUCGCGUUUCUCCCGCUGCUCGAGGCGUGGAAGCAACAAGACGGGUACAAGCGCGGUAGAUUCGUGCCCCAGAUCGUCAUGACUAGCUCCAUGAACGGGUGGACCAAGGAUGCAGCCACAGGGGGUCUGAGCUACCCGUACUUGUUCUCGAAGAGUGCGCUUGGGCAUGCGACGGCGAGUCUUGCAAACGAGCUGCUGCCGCUGGGUAUCCGAGUCAAUGGAAUCGCACCCGGUUUUUUUGCUACCAAAAUGACGACUCUCGCUGCCGAUGAAAACGGAAUGUCCGUACUUCCGGAAAACUUUCCCGCCGGUUUUGAGGUCCCCACCGAGUCGGGAGUAGGUUCACCGCGCGACAUGGGAAGUUUGGCGCUGUUUCUCGUCGCGAACUGGUUUGUGAAUGGAGAAACGGUCUUGAUUGACGGCGGAACUCUGCUCAAAGCCCCAUCUGCUUAUUAGGAAAAGUUGUCAUGGCAAACAGUGCAUUGAUGAUAUAUGGAUGAUCAGGAUGAUUUUCCGGAAGAGUCCGAUCUACAGGGUCCUUCCAACCCAACUAAAGUGUAAAUGUCGAUAGAUCAUCUACACAUCGAGGUUCCAUGAAAACAAGUCUCAUUAUCUUAAUCAAGGAACCACUUUCAAAGUCGAUCAUUGUCCUGUAAUGCAUGUGCGGUGCAUGUGAGAUGGUGCGGCGAUAGUCUUGACAUUCAGGAUACUCCAGAAGUGGUCGGAGUCGGAUAUCAGUGGAUGAAGGUGACUUGAAAAACUUCCGGACCACACCGCACAUUGAAGACGAAGUGUGACAAGCGAAGUUCUGACUCAGCAGCGAUGAUCGCUGGCGGUGUUCCUGUUGCUCACCAUCGACUUGUUCAUCAACCAAGUCCGUGUUCAACAAGUGGCACGAAUUACCCGUGGAAAAAUU